AUGGGAGAACUGGACCAGCAAUAUCUCACCUCCUUUUUGCAGACCAUAGUAUUUUUUUUCAUUAGAGGUGAUAUGAAGAACCUUCAAGCUCUUAAUGAGGUGUUGCACUUGUACAGUGAAGGAACAGGCCAACGGAUUAAUUUUCAGAAAUCAUCACUUUUCUUUGGUGACAAAUGUCCGGAACAAGUUAAGGACAGAGUUAAAUCAUAUAUCAAUGUCCGUAAUGUAGUUGUGCAAGCAAAUUAUUUGGGCAUGCCGUCUUGGGUGGGGAGAUCUCCUACAAGCACUUUCAAUUUCUUACCUGAACGUAUGUGGAGGAAAAUAAGAAGCUGGAAUGGUCGCCCCCUUUCAAGGGCUGGUAAGGAGGUUAUGUUUAAAUCAGUCAUUCAAGCAAUCCCAAUAUAUGUUAUGAGCUGUUUCCGCCUGCCAGCUGCAAUUUGUGAUAAGAUGAGGACAACAAUCUCGAAUCAUUGGUGGGGCAUUGAAGAGGGUAAGAAAAAGAUGCACUGGCGUUCAUGGGAAUGGCUGACCGCCCCUAAAGCCAUGGGUGGCAUGGGGUUUCGAGAUAUGCAAAUUUUUAAUCAAGCUAUGUUGGGCAAACAAGCUUGGAGAAUUCUAACUGUUCCUAAUUCUCUUUGUGCGAGAGUGCUCAAAGGGCGCUACUUUCCUUGUUGUUCUUUUUGGGAUGCGUCUCAGCCCCGAAGUUCAUCUUUCACAUGGCGCAGCAUCAUGUAUGAUGGAGCAGCUGGCAGCUGGAAUGAAGAGAUGGUUCGAGCUUGUUUCAAUGAAGAUGAUGCUGAAAAGAUUUUGCAGAUACCUCUGUGCCAUACGCCUUGUGAGGAUUUCCCAGCUUGGCUACACACUAAGUCAGGUAUCUACACGGUUAAAUCAGCUUACUUUUUAGCAAGGCUAGAAAGCUUCCAUGUCUUUUUGGGUGAAAAUGGUAGAGGUGAAACAUCUGAUCAAAGUAAAAUCUCUAAGUCCUGGAAACGUCUAUGGGCAAUUCAAGCACCACCUAAAAUGAAAAUAGUAUUAUGGAGAAUGGCUCAUGACUGUCUGCCAACCGGGUCGCAACUUAAAAAAAGACAUAUCCUUGAUUUUGAUGCGUGCUGCUUUUGUGGGCGAGAAAAAACCGUGGAACAUGUGUUUUUUAUGUGUCAAUUUGCUUCUGAGAUAUGGCGCCAAGUACGAAAGUGUUUCAAUAUAAAUUAUAAGAUGCAUGCUUCUGCUAAUAUUAGACAUUGGCUUUUUGAUUUUUUAGAGGCCGCAGAGGAUCAUGAAGCAACAGUUUUUGCAAUCACAGAAUGGCACAUUUGGGAGUCAAGAAAUGCAGUGUGA